UGGUAAUUCCUGCUGUCUGUUGAGCCUCUCCAACACAAGCACAUCGAAGCAGCCUGUCUUUUACAUGUUCUUCCUCUAAAAAUGGAUUUAACCGGAUUGAGCUCCAAAGGACGUCUUUUGUUAGUUUUGUGUGUGAGUUGUUACCUCUACACAUCCACCGAUGCCGAGGGGAGCUGCAAACUCAAGGCCAAGUUCAACCUGAGGGGUUACAAAGAAGUGCUGAAAAAGACGGUGGUUAUUGGCGGCAUGUUUCCAGUUCAUCAACGCCUGGUUUCGACGGACAGCAACACCACGAUCCCUCCAGAGUCCUCGGACUGCGAGGGCUUUAACUUCCGUACUUUCCGCUGGGCUCAGACCAUGCUGUUUGCCCUGAAUGAGAUCAACAACAGACUGGACCUGCUACCCCAAACUGAGCUGGGCUACGUCAUCUAUGACUCCUGUUUCACCAUUUCCAAAGCUGUGGAGGGGACGCUCACCUUCCUGACGGGGCAGGACGAGGCUGUGCCCAACUACCGCUGUGGGGACGGACCGCCUCUCUCUGCUUUGGUGGGAGCCGGAGGCUCAGAUCUGUCCAUAGCCACAGCCAGGAUUCUUGGCCUCUACUAUUUCCCACAAAUGAGUUACGCGUCCUCAUGCUCAGUUCUCGAAAGCCGGUUUCAGUAUCCCACCUUCCUCCGCACCAUCCCCAGCGAUGAGCACCAGUCUGUUGCAAUGGCAAAACUAGUGCUCCAUUUCGGCUGGACCUGGGUGGGUACCAUCGCGGCAGAGGACGAUUACGGGAAAUACGGCAUCAAGCGGUUCAAGGAGGUGGUGGAGGAGGCGGGAGUGUGCAUAUCCUUCUCCGAAACCCUCCCCAAGGUCUCCAACCCCGAGGCCAUCGAGCGCAUCGUGCAGGCGGUGCUGGAUUCCACGGCUAAGAUCAUCGUGGUGUUCUCCUCUGAUGUGGAUCUGAGCCCACUAGUGGGGGAGCUGCUGCGUAACAACGUCACCAACCGCACCUGGAUCGCCAGCGAGGCCUGGGUCACGUCGGCCGCCAUCUCCCGUCACCCCGACAUACUGCCUGUCCUGGGAGGCACUAUAGGGUUUGCGGUCAAGCGUGCGGAGAUACCCGGCCUGAAAGAGCACCUGCUGAGCAUUAGUCCAUAUAACGACACGCUUACAGAAGAGUUCUGGGGGAUAGUCUUUAACUGUUCUAUGAAUUACACUCAAAUUUUGAGAGGCAAGAGGAGAUGCACUGGAGAAGAGAUGUUAGACAAGUUGAACAAUACAUACUCGGAUGUGUCGCAGUUAAGGAUUACGUAUAACGUGUACAAGGCUGUAUAUGCCGUGGCACAUGCCCUACAUAACCUCGAGCACUGUGAAGAGGGCAGUGGCCCAUUUGAGAAUGACACAUGCGCUGACAUUAACAAAUUUGAGCCUUGGCAGCUCAUGUACUACCUGAAGAACCUGAGAUUCACCGUCCCUCACACCGGAGAGGAGAUAUACUUCAAUAACGGUGACGUGGAUGGCUUUUAUGAGAUCUUAAACUGGCAGAGUGAUUUAGACGGAGGGAUCACAUAUACACACAUUGGUUACUAUAACAGCACUGCACCUCCCGACGAGAAGCUGACUAUAAAUAAUGCCUCCAUCAUAUGGAACAAUGACAUUCUGGAGACGCCGCGCUCAGUGUGCAGUGAACGCUGCCAGCCGGGCACCAGGAUGGGUAUCCGGCAGGGUGAACCGGUCUGUUGCUUCGACUGCAUCCCCUGUGCAGAUGGCGAGGUCUCGAACACGACAGAUGCACGAGGCUGUAUCCAGUGCGACGAGGACUACUGGUCCAAUGCCAAUCACGACGAGUGUGUGCCAAAGACCAUUGAGUUCCUGGACUUUACCGAACCUCUUGGGAUCACGCUGAUCGCCAUCGCUGCAUUUGGGGCUCUGGCUACGAUUGUAGUCGCGAUCAUCUUCUUGAUUCACCUUAACACGCCUCUGGCGAAAGUCAACGACCCUCUGCUUACCUUCUCCUUGUUACUGGGUUUGGUGAUCACCUUCCUCUGCUCCAUUGUGUUCCUCGGUGAGCCUCAGAUGUGGUCGUGCAUGACCAGCCAGGUGGCGUUGGCCGUGGGCUUUGCUCUGGUCCUCUCUUCACUAAUGGGCAAAUCUGCUCUGCUCAUGCUGAGAGCCAGAGCCGUAAAAGCUGUCAAAAAUGCUACCAAGGCAGCCAAAGCAGCAGCGGCGGCCGCUGAGCAAAGUCCCGACACUGCCGUCAUUGCCCCGGCUAUUCCUCAGAAGAAUGACGUGGACCCCAUACAUCCCAGACACCAGAGGGCGAUAAUGAUAGUGUGCACCUUGAUCCAAGCAGUAGCUUGCACCGUGUGGCUGAUUCUGAUGCCUCCACACCCCGUAAAGAACACGGCCGCCCAGAACAUCAAGAUCAUCCUGGAGUGCGACACCGGAAACAUCAUCUUCAUCUGCUCCAUCUUCGCUUACGACAUUCUUUUGGCUCUGCUGACUUUCGCUUUUGCUUUUGUGGCACGAAAGCUGGAAGACCACUUCAAUGAGGGCAAGAGCGUGACCUUUGGCAUGCUGGUGUUUUUCAUCGUUUGGAUCUCCUUCGUGCCCGCCUACCUGAGCACGCGCGGGAAAUUCAUGGUGGCGGUACAAAUCUUCGCAAUCUUGGCAUCCAGCUUCGGCCUGCUCGCGUGCGUCUUCAUCCCCAAGUGCUAUGUGCUGCUCGUCAAACCGGAGAGGAACAAAGAGGAGAUGAUGAUUCCUCGAGCCAAAUCACGUGACGCGGUCGCCAACGGAAGCUCCGCUUCACUCGCCACCAUCAGCAGCUCCGCUAAUGCAACCGCCGUGUCCACUGUGUCUCUAGAUGACUGAAGCCACUCCCGAAAAUGAUCUGCUGUAGAAGGCUUAUGAUAUUGGACUUUUUCCAGGAUUUUAUAUAUAAAUUUAGACCUAAGACAGAAUAGGAAUAACAUACAGGACUUUUAAGGGGGUCGUAUUAUACUCUACAUAUAAUACAGUUUAGUUUUUAUGACCAUUUUUGGCCAUCUCUAACCUCUAGCAGACUGCUAUUUAUCUAUUUAUUGAUUUGCUGUUGUACCUAAAACUGCAAAAGAUUUACAUGUGAAAUGAGUGCUUUGCUGCACUUUUAAUAUCUGACUGCGGGUUUGCUGUGAAGUCCAAUAUCAUUUUUAACAGCCCCUUCCACACUUUUUCAUCUGACAUCGUAAAGCUAGGGAGGAAACUAAGUUUCAAUAAAAUUAGUCCCUCUGAAACCAAAAUUUAAGUUUUUUAACUUUUAGUAUAAAUAUGUUAGCCUUAAGGUUAUGAAUAAGCUGGUGUGUUCUAAAUCAAUGACAAAAUUCACAUUUAGGAGAUAUAAGCAUUGAAACAUCAUUGAUGACAUCACUGCGUACUUCAGUUUCUCAUCAAAUCUUCUGUCCAAUCAAAUGCUCUCUAGAAUCUUAAGUCCCGCCCCCUCUUACACUAUAAACAGACAAGUUUGUCUGCGGCUGGUCAUUUGUUCACACAUUUACCUGUUUCUGUAUGGUAAAUGGCACAUAGUGCACUAUAUAGAGGAAUAGAGAAUGAUUCAGACAGCGUAAAUAUGCUUUCCAUUGAUGCAUUGAAGUCGAAACUCUAUUGGCUAUUUUGAAAAAAGGGGAGGGGCUUCUAGAUAUAUCCCGCCCUGUCCACCUGAUUCAUUAUCAACAUAUAAUAAAGCUGCACAUUCCAAGGCACUUAAGUGGGCUCAACCAACUGUAGAGCCGGAGCAAAGAAAGUCAAAAUAUCCAACACUCAUAAUAAAUAAAUGAAUCCAUGUUAAACAUGAUACAUACAUUUAAUAAUAAAUGAAUCAAUUAAUUCUGUUAAUGAGAGGGCAUUUUGAGAGUUACAGUUUUCAUACUAUAUACACUAAUUAUAUUUCAAAUGGCCAGGGAACAUUUUAUUCCUUUUUUUUUUUUACACAACAGAUACACUAUAAAAGAGGGGAAAAAAUGCAAAUAAAGGGAAAACUGGAAAAAAAAGAUUCCCCAUGAUAUGACCCCUUUAAAUGAGCAUGAAUUUGCACUCAGGGAUGUUUUUAUAACUAGUAUAGCUUAGCUGUUAAAAUUACAUGGGGGAAAAAUGCAUUUACUACAUCUUAAAAAAAGUAAUCUUUUCAAAGCCAAUUUUUAAUCAUGAAAACAAAGAGGUAAAUGUAAUACUGAUGUCUGCCAGCAGGUGGAAGCAGUGAACGUUCAUAAACUGAGAUCUCUGCACUGGAGAUGAGACAAAUUCUGUCCUAGUUGUUUUCAGUUGUUAUAUAAAAGAAUUAUUGUAAUAGUUUUGCUAACAUACAAUGAAGUAUAUUUUUGUGAACAUUCUGUAAACUAUGCUGUUACUUUAUUUGUGAAUUUGAAAAUGAAUUUUCAAAUUUAGAUUAGACUGGGUGUGUUUUAGAUAUAUAUGGGAGGCAUCAUGGAUUCAAACACAAAUUGCAUCUAAUGUGAACUGUUUAGAGCUACACUUAAUUUUGAACAGGACUCUGCUGAAGUCUUCACUGUGUUGCUCGUAAACAAUACUAAUAAAUUAUGUAUUGCUUUGUCUUUAUCAUAUUCAUAAAAUAAAGUUGCAACAAACUACCAA